CCGCGCCAAGCCAACGAGCCCGCUCCCGCCGGUGAGCUACCGAGCGAUCGUGUGGCACGUGCUGCACUAUCGGUCGUCGAUCCAGCACGUGACCUACAUCCAGCAGUGCUCCUACUACGUCGAGCUCUUCCUCCUCAACCUCAUCUUGCUCAACGUCGUCGUAACGAUUGUGAGCUCGUCGAGCCUCGUGGACCCGGCCGUGCCAGUGCACACGCCGUGGUGGUUCACGGGUAUCAUUUACGUCUCGACCGCCAUCUUUACCAUCGAGUACCUCUUGCGCUGGUGGUCGUGCGUCGAAGACCCUCGCUUCAAGUUCCACGCCGUAUUUGGCCGACUGCAAUGGAUGCUGCGGCCCAUGUCUCUCAUUGACCUUGUUGCGCUCGUACCCUACUUUCUUGAAAUUGCGCUCUGCUCAGCGACGUCGGUGGCGUAUCGCGGCUCGAUGACCAUUCGCGGCCUCCGACUCCUCCGCGUCAUUUCCUUUCUGCGCAUUGAACGAUCUUAUGAUGCGAUCAAGCGGCUGCGCAUCAUCUUUCGGCGAAAGCGGCAAGAAUUCUUUGUGGUGACCUACCUCACCGCGGUCGUCAUUCUCGUCUCGGCCACCAUCAUCUUUUUCCUCGAGUUUCCGGCGCAGCCCGACGUCUUUUCCAGCAUUGGCGUCGGCGCGUGGUGGGCAAUCGAGACCAUCACGUCGCUCGGGUACGGCGACACGGUGCCCAUCACGGUGGCCGGUCGCAUCUUUGCGUCCAUCGUCGCACUCUGGGGCAUCAUCCUCUUUGCGAUUCCAGGCGCGAUCCUCGGCAGUGGCUUCAUUGAAGUCAUGCUCGAGCACCAAACGGCCAAGGAAAUGCGCGCCAAAGACCGGUGGAUCCACGAAAUUUCUUCGCAGCUCCACCAGAUUCAGUCGGUCGCCGCGGGCUCGCUCUUGGCGCCGCGUACGUUGCGAGAGACAAACUGA